AUGAAUAAGGAAAGUAUCCCAGAGUUUGAAAAUUUUCCGAUUAUUGACUCCGAUUUGGAUGGUAGUGAUGAAGACACCCAACAAAAAACUGAUGAAUGGAUGCAACGAACCAGUAGUUCUAUUCUGACCAAAAGAGGUGAAGGACCGCAGCUGUCGAUUGUGAACCCUCUGGAUGUGCUCAGACAACGACUGCUUCUGGAGUUGGCGCGCAGGAAGAUGAAGGAGAAUCAGGACCAGAUUCAGGCCAACGCUGAGAUACUCAAGAAGAUCGGCAAACGAAGUGUUCCCCUCAUCCCCACCACUCGUCAAUCUAUUUUCACUACCAAUUCAAUUCAUCGCAAAUACUUAUCCGACACAAAUAAGCCAUUGUUGGACUCAAACAGUCAUAAGUCGUGUAAUAAUUGCCAAAAAAGUAAACGAAAAGAGCGCUCAACAGUCCUAAACACUAACUGA